AUGGUUAAUUUCACAAUCGAUCAAAUUCGUGCCAUUAUGGACCGUCGUGAAAAUAUCAGAAAUAUGUCUGUUAUUGCUCAUGUCGAUCACGGUAAAACCACUUUAUCAGAUUCUUUAAUCCAAAGAGCUGGUAUUAUUGCCGAUAAAGUUUCUGGUGAUAUGAGAUAUAUGUCAUGUCGUGCUGAUGAACAAGAGCGUGGUAUCACCAUUAAAUCUUCAUCUGUAUCACUUCACUUCGAAAUGCCAAAGGAAGACAAAUUACCAGCUGGUUGUACUUCACACGAAUUUUUAAUCAAUCUUAUCGAUUCCCCAGGUCACGUUGAUUUCAGUUCAGAAGUAACUGCUGCCCUCCGUGUUACUGAUGGUGCUUUAGUCGUUAUCGAUUGCGUCGAAGGUGUUUGCGUACAAACCGAAACUGUAUUACGUCAAGCCGUCGCUGAACGUAUCAAACCAGUCUUAUUCGUCAACAAAGUCGAUCGUUUCUUAUUAGAACUCCAAUUAAACACUGAAGAAGCUUAUCUCUCUUUCCGUAGAGCUAUUGAAUCCGUCAAUGUCAUUGUUGGUAACACUGAAGAUAAGGAAUUCGGUGAUGUCACUGUAUCCCCAGAAAAAGGUACCGUCGCUUUCGGUUCUGGUCUCCACGGUUGGGGUUUCACCUUAGGUCGUUUCGCUAAAUUAUACGCUGCUAAAUUUGGUGUCCCAGAAGAUAAAUUAAUGGGUCGUUUAUGGGGUGACAGCUAUUUCGAUGCUACCGCCAAGAAAUGGACUUCCAAUCCACAAUCUGCCGAUGGUAAAGCCUUACCAAGAGCUUUCUGUCAAUUCGUUCUCGAACCAAUCUACCAAUUAACCAGAGCCAUCGUUGAUGAAGAUGCCGUCAAACUCGAAAAGAUGAUGAAGACUCUCCAAAUCACUUUAGCCCCAGAAGAUGCUGAAAUCAAAGGUAAACAAUUAGUUAAAGCCGUCAUGAGAAAAUUCCUUCCAGCCGCCGAUGCUAUUUUAUCUAUGAUUGUCACCCAUUUACCAUCACCAUUAGUUGCCCAAAAGUACCGUUGUGCCAAUCUCUAUGAAGGUCCAAUGGACGAUGAAUGUGCCGUCGCCAUUCAAAAAUGUGAUCCAAACGGUCCAUUAAUGAUGUACGUAUCAAAGAUGGUUCCAACCUCUGAUAAAGGUCGUUUCUAUGCUUUCGGUCGUGUCUUCUCAGGUAUCAUCCGUACCGGUCAAAAGGUCAGAAUUAUGGGUGUCAACUACGUCCCAGGUAAGAAAGACGAUUUAUUCUUAAAAUCCAUCCAACGUACCGUUCUUAUGAUGGGUAGAAAGACUGAACAAAUUGAAGAUUGUCCAUGUGGUAACAUUGUUGGUUUAGUCGGUGUCGAUCAAUUCCUUGUCAAAUCUGGUACCAUCACCACCUCUGAAGUUGCUCACAACAUUCGUGUCAUGAAAUUCUCCGUAUCACCAGUCGUCCGUGUUGCCGUCGAACCAAAGAAUCCAUCUGAUUUACCAAAACUCGUCGAAGGUCUCAAACGUUUAGCCAAAUCCGAUCCAUGUGUACUCUGUUACUCUGAAGAAUCUGGUGAACACAUCGUUGCCGGUGCUGGUGAACUCCAUCUCGAAAUUUGUCUUAAAGAUCUUGCUGAAGAUCACGCUGGUAUUGAAAUUAAAACCACCGAUCCAGUCGUAUCAUUCAGAGAAUCCGUCUCAGAAGAAUCAUCAAUCAUGUGUCUUUCUAAAUCACCAAACAAACACAAUCGUCUCUUCAUGAAAGCUUCACCAAUCUCUAUGGAAUUACAAGAUCUCAUUGAAGCUGGUUCUGAUAUCUCAUCCAAAGAUGAUCCAAAAGCUCGUGCUAACUAUCUCGCUGAUAACCACGAAUGGGAUAAAAAUGAUGCCAUGAACAUUUGGUCUUUCGGUCCAGAAGGUAACGGUGCCAAUCUCCUCGUCAAUGUCACCAAAGGUGUUCAAUAUUUGAAUGAAAUUAAAGAUUCUUUCGUUGGUGCUUUCCAAUGGGCCACCAAAGAAGGUGUUGUUUGUGAUGAAAACAUGAGAGGUAUCCGUUUCAAUCUUUAUGAUGUCACCCUCCACACUGAUGCCAUCCACAGAGGUGGUGGUCAAAUCAUCCCAACUGCUCGUCGUGUACUCUAUGCUGCUGAAUUAACUGCCUCCCCAACUCUCUUAGAACCAAUCUACUUAGUAGAAAUUACUGCCCCAGAAAACGCUAUUGGUGGUAUUUACUCUGUACUCAAUCGUCGUAGAGGUAUUGUUAUUGGUGAAGAACGUCGUAUCGGUUCCCCAUUAUUCUCUGUCAAAGCUCAUUUACCAGUAUUAGAAUCCUUCGGUUUCACCGCUGAUUUACGUUCCCACACUGCCGGUCAAGCUUUCCCACAAUGUGUCUUCGAUCAUUGGGCUUCAAUUGGUGUUGUCAACAAAGAUAAGAAAGCCACUGAAGUCGCUUUAGCCACCAGAAAGAGAAAAGGUUUAGCCCCAGAAAUCCCAGAUCUUGACAAAUUCCACGAAAAACUCUAA